UCCGGCUGGAGUGGAAUUAGUCUGUUGAAAAUAUUACAAAUAAUUAGUAGCAAGCGGCCGCUGUUGUUGCUUUUGUUGUUGUUUUGAAUUUUGCCAAAAAGGAUCUCCGUGUGUUUUGUGCUUUUCUUCUUCUUCUCCAUCAAAUUUGGAAUAUGGAGCGGUGUUUCAAGUUCCUUUGGCUAAUGGCGUUAAUUUCCAGCAUUUGUUUGGCAAAUGCUAGACAAAUUCGCUACAGCCGCUACAGGACCGAGAUUACCGAGGACGAUAUUGAUGCCGGCAAUAUUGUCGAGCCAUUUGAAAUAGAGGCAACGGUGAGGGAGAUUAAAUAUGCCCCCUAUCCAGCUGCCGGUCUUAGGCCAAGCAAACCAUUUACCGUUGAAGAAAAUGAAAGUGAGGCGGCCAAUGAAGCAGCUGCGGACAGCUUGACCAUGACCACGACGGAAGGUUAUGCCGAUGAAACCACAACCACAGGGGCUGAUGUGGAUGCAACAGCAGAUGGAGAUGAGGUAAAAGCUCCCUACCCAGCUGCAGGUUUCAGACCGAAAAUUCCCUUCAAUUUGCCCGAUAGAAUUCAAAGAGGCGAUAUUACCACAGAAAUGCCACAGUUGGAGGAGACAACCACAGCGAAAAUAGAAAGUGAGAUACCAACUACCACCACCUAUGCCCCCGAGGUUAGUACAAAGGUGCCAUUGGCUGAAUUUACCACCAGAAUGCCAGAAGAAGUUACACAAGAGCCGUUGGAUUUGGUCACAGAUACUCCUGCAGAUGUGAAUGAGGUUAAAGCUCCCUAUCCGCCAGCUGGAUUUAGACCAAGAAUUCCAUUUAAUUUGCCAACAGAGAAUCAGGUGGAAGAAGCUGAAGAAUCAGCAGCUGUUGUGCCCACUGAUGAGCCGAAGGAAGAGGUCUAUGUGAAGGCCCCUUAUCCACCCAACGGCUAUAGGCCUGCCAUAGCGUUUCUUUUGCCCAGCGAGCAACUAAAAGAAGAGGAAAUGAUGGAAAACAAAGAAGAAGACAAGGAGGAAGUUUCCCCCAAGGAGGACAACAGCAACCAUCCCGCCUGUGGUUCCAGUACAAAUCCCUUGGCCCCCAAGCCGGCUGAUGGUGCCAAAAAAGAUCCCGAUGCGGAGACAAUAUUUGUAAAUCCCCAAACUGUGGUAGUGCCGGUGCGCUUGACUGCCCAACCUUUGCUGCUGGCUAGGCCCCUUGUCUACACCACCCACCUGCGAACCUGGUGAUGUGGUGGACUCCGCUCAAUAGCAUUUAAAAGUUAUUUUGUGAAAUCAUGUUUUGUUCCGAAAUUCUGUUGCAGUAUUCCUACUUAUUGUUGUAUUAAUUUGUUAAGUUUAAUUUUAUGUAUUUUUUGGCUAUUGCUUAAUAUUUUAUCCGAAAGAAAAGAAAAAAAUGAAUGAAUGAAUGAAACUACAGAAAUGCAUAAAAAAUUCAAAACUA